CGCACACCUUCUCUAACCUCCACCGUAACUGUUUACACCGUUCCACCGCGUCCAUAUAAUUCAUCAUUCAUCAUCCUUCACCUUCGCUAUCACCACCCUUAUUAUCACCUCACGUCACGUAUCACUUGAUUCGGCCUCGUUGCGUUUCCCUCAAAUCCCGGAAUGUUUCGCGCGGACAUCGACGAACAGGAACGCUGGUCGUGAGCGCUGCUGCGAAGAGGAGGCCGAAGAUGCUCUGGACGGCGAUGAUCGGGAUGGUUCUGUCGAGCGUGGUGGCUGUCACCGCCGCGCUGCAUUCCUCCAGCGCUCUGAACGGCGGCGGGGAUUCGAUUCCUCACCACGGUCGUUGCGAGCCCAUCACCAUCAACCUCUGCAAGAACAUCCCGUACAACGAGACGAUCAUGCCGAACCUAAUGAAUCACCAGAAGCAGGAGGACGCCGGCCAGGAGGUGCACCAGUACAUGCCGCUCGUCAAGAUGAAGUGCAGUCCGGAUCUUCGUUUCUUUCUGUGCACCGUCUACGCGCCCGUGUGCACCAUCAUCGACAAGGCGUUACCCCCGUGUCGCUCGCUCUGCGAGAGCGCGCGCUCCGGUUGCGAGGGACUGAUGAACACCUUCGGGUUCUCGUGGCCUGAGGCCUUGGAUUGCUCCAAGAUGCCGGAAUACGACGGCGUCGUGCUCUGCGUCGGUAGUAACGAGACUACGACGUCCCAGGAACCGGAUUCCCCGAAUUAUCCUCCGGCUCGGAUGCCGGUGGCCGAAUUUCAGCCGUCCUGGAAUGAGGGCGGUUCCAAGUCUUUCAGCGGCAGCGGUACCAACGGAUUCGCCAUAGGUGCCAGAGACUUUGGCUUUGUCUGUCCCGUUCAUUUUAAGGUUCCUCAUGGAUUAGGAUACUCCCUCAAGGUUGGAAACAAGGUAGAGGCUGAUUGCGGAGCACCUUGCGACGGCAUGUUCUUCACCGAGAGGGAGAAAAGAUUUUCCAGGGUGUGGGUCGGCACUUGGGCUUCUAUUUGCGCCGCCUCGUGCUUUUUCACGUUCCUCACGUUUCUCAUUGAUACAGAUAGAUUUAGAUAUCCCGAGAGGCCCAUUAUUUUUUUGUCUGUGUGUUACCUGAUGGUAGCAUUGGUUUACGUAAUUGGUUGGGCAGCAGGCAACUCCAUAUCCUGCAGAGAGCCAUUCCCAUCACCUUUGGGGUUUCGAAUACAGAUGCCAUCGACAAUCACGCAGGGUACCAAGCAUGAACUGUGCACUGUCCUCUUCAUGGUCCUUUAUUUCUUUGGCAUGGCAUCAAGUAUCUGGUGGGUUAUUCUCACUCUCACAUGGUUCCUGGCUGCUGGAUUAAAGUGGGGACACGAAGCGAUCGAGACCAAUUCGCAAUAUUUUCAUCUGGCUGCCUGGGCCGCCCCAGCUGUGAAGACUGUUACUAUUCUGGCGAUGGGGAAAGUAGAGGGCGAUAUAUUAUCUGGAGUUUGCUACGUCGGUCUUUGGAACGUGGAGGCUCUUCGGGGUUUUGUACUAGCACCACUAUGCGUCUAUCUUAUACUAGGUACUGUGUUUCUUCUAGCGGGUUUCGUCUCGCUCUUUCGCAUCCGCACAGUGAUGAAGCACGAUGGCACAAAAACAGAUAAGCUUGAAAAACUGAUGAUUCGCAUCGGUAUCUUCUCCGUGCUCUACAUCGUACCUGCCCUAAUCGUAAUUGCUUGUCUUUUUUACGAGCAAGCGUAUUACGAUCAAUGGAUGCUUACAUGGCACAAGGAGAUGUGUUCACGUCCACAUCUGCAAUCUGCCUAUUCGGUGCCAUGCCCGGUCGGCACGCCCGAUGUUAGUCGCAAACCAGAAUUCGAGGUCUUCAUGAUUAAGUAUCUCAUGGCAAUGAUCGUCGGUAUAACCAGUAGUUUCUGGGUAUGGUCCAAGAAAACGCUCACUAGCUGGCAACAAUUCUUCCAUCACUUACGAGGUCACCGCACCGAGGCCUACGUUUAAAAUCGGAGGGCUACGUUUGCUCUGCAACAUUUUGAUAAGAGGAUGCAUUAAUCAUUUUCAACAUAGAUUUUUAUGACUGACUGAUUUGUUCAAUUAAAAGGAUAAAAAAGUUCUCAGUAGAAAAUGACAUCGCGAAUUUUAUGAUGACGAUAAUGAUGGUACUCGUGUAGGUUCAUUAAAGUCGAUGGUCGCAGAAGUGAUGCCGGUAUUUUGUUAGGUGUUAUGUUCUUUCGCAUAAUGUAAAAAAAAAUCAUUUUUUAUUAUAGAAUCAGUUAUCCAUCAUUAGCUUUUAUGAAAAAUUUUUAUUUAUUAUUUAAAGAAAGUUAAAAUUUCACACUCGAUCUCUUAUGUAUUUUAUUUAUGUACGCAUGAUUUAUAUUAUAAUUAUAUUAGUCUUUCUAGCUUUUGAAAAUUUAUAGUUUUUAAUAACAAAAUCAGAUCUGAAUCAGGCUAACAUUAGUAAUAUUUUACACGUACUUUGUGCUUUUGUCAUAAAUAAUUAAAGACGUGCAUUAAUAUACGUCGCGGUGCCAAAUAAGUUUUUUUGUCUAUUUUUCUUUUUUUUUUUUACGUUUCUCUACGUGUGAUUUACGGCUUUGUGAAAUAUUCGAACCAAAUGUCAGUCAGAUUAAAAGAUUGCUAGGCAUUUGUUUUUUCUUUUUUUUUAUCUUCUAAGUAGAAUAAUCUGGCUCCUUUUCUAUAAAUGAUUCUAUGCUUAAAUUAAAUGUGCUCAAAUACUGUAGCAAACAAAUCAAAUGUUCAAAGUUUUUAAAGCAGCUAAUCGGAUUUCAGGAUCCGAUAUAAUAUAAGAAUUAAGAUUUUAAUAGCAAAUUCGAUUAAAUGCAAUUAAUGCGCACUGAUUUAUACAUACACAAAAUUUUCUUUUAGAAUUUACUUUGAAAAUUAUGGUAAUCAUGGAUAAU